AUGUCUCAAAUGAAGAAUGAUAAAACCAUAGUACGUUUUGAAGAAAAAUGGCCAGAAAUGAGACCCAUUGUAAUUCAACUUUUACAACAAGAACCAGUAACUCAAAAUGAAUGGCAAGAUUUAUUUUAUGCAGUUCACCUUGUAUGUCUAUGGGAUGAACAAGGACCAAUAAAAAUGAGACAAUUUCUAAAAACUGAUAUAAUGGAGUUCAUAAAAAAAGCUCAACAAAGAGUGAUGGCCCAUCAAGAAGACCAAGCUCUACUUAAAGCUUAUAUUACUGAGUGGAGAAAGUUUUUUACUCAAUGUAACUAUCUUCCAACUCCUUUUAGACAAUUAGAAAACUCUCUUGCUGGAAAGUCAUCAAUUGGUUUAAAAAAAUGCAAUGCUGAUAAAGAUUCUGUUGUACGAAAGUUGAUGUUAGACAGUUGGAAUCAAAGUAUUUUUAAUGAUAUAAAACAGAGACUUCAAGAUUCAGCCAUGAAACUUGUUUACUUAGAGCGAAAUGGAGAAGCGUUUGACUCUCAGUUAGUUAUAGGUGUAAGAGAAUCAUAUGUUAAUCUAUGCUCAAAUUAUGAUGAUAAACUUCAGAUAUAUAGAGAUUAUUUUGAACGAGCAUAUAUUGAAACAACUGAAGCAUUUUAUAAAGCAAAAGCUCCUGAAUAUUUAGAGCUUCAUGGAGUUCAAAAUUAUAUGCGAUAUGCUGAUUUGAAACUUCGGGAAGAAGAAGUUCGUGCUCAAAAAUAUUUAGAAACUAAUAGUGGUUCUGUCCAAAUGUUGACAGAUUGUUGUGUUAUGGUGUUGGUUUCUAAUUUUCGCCAUACUAUUUUAGCUGAAUGUACAGAUAUGAUUAAAAGCAACGAUACUGAAAAAUUAACACUUUUAUUCAAGCUAAUGGACAGAGUACCUGAUGGAAUUUUAAAAAUGUUAAAAGAUUUAGAAGAUUAUAUUGUAAGCGCGGGUUUAGCAGACAUGAUGGCAUCAGCAGACAUUAUAACUCAGGAUUCUGAAAAAUAUGUGGAACAACUUCUUCUAUUGUUUCAUAAAUUUAGUAAUUUAGUACAAGAAGCAUUUAAUGAUGACCCAAGAUUUUUAACUGCAAGGGAUAAAGCAUACAAACAAGUAGUUAAUGAUACUACUGUGUUUCGAUUAGAACUACCUACUAAACAAAAUUCUGCUGUUAAAUGUCAGCCUGAAUCAAAAUGUCCAGAAUUACUAGCCAACUAUUGUGAUAUGUUAUUAAGAAAAACUCCUUUAAGUAAAAGAUUAACUGCUGAUGAGAUUGAAAGUAAAUUGAAAGAUGUGCUACUUGUGUUAAAAUAUGUUCAAAAUAAAGAUGUUUUUAUGAGGUUUCACAAAGCACAUUUAACUCGUAGAUUAAUAUUAGAUACUUCUGCUGAUUCUGAAAAAGAAGAAAAUAUGGUUGAAUGGCUUAGGGAAGUUGGUAUGCCCGCAGAUUAUGUAAAUAAACUAGCAAGAAUGUUCCAAGAUAUAAAAGUUAGCGAAGAUUUAAAUCAACAAUUUAAAGAAACCUAUAGAAAUCUUAAAGGAAGUAUUGCAGAUUCUAUUAAUAUUAAAAUAUUGAAUGCUGGAGCUUGGUCUCGAGGUAGUGAACGUGUUACAGUAUCAUUACCUAUGGAGUUAGAAGACUAUAUACCAGAAGUAGAAGACUUUUAUCGAAAAAAACAUAGUGGUCGAAAAUUACAAUGGUAUCAUCACAUGUCUAAUGGCACUAUAACAUUUUUAAAUGAAAUUGGCCGAUUUGACAUUGAUGUUACAACAUUCCAAAUGGCAGUAUUAUUUGCGUGGAAUCAAAGACCAAAAGAUAAAAUAUCUUAUGAAAACCUUAGAUUGGCUACAGAGUUGCCUGACCCUGAAUUACGACGGACAUUAUGGUCUCUAGUUAAUUUCCCGAAAUUAAAAAAACAAGUAGUACUAGUUGUGCCUGAAGUACCAUCUCCAAAAGAGUUCAAUGAGAACACAUUAUUUUGGAUUAAUGAACAAUUCUCUAUAGUCAAAAAUGGUAAACUUCAAAAAAGAGGAAAAAUAAAUUUAAUUGGUAGACUACAACUAUCUACCGAACGCAGUAAAGAAGAAGAUAAUGAAUGUAUCGUUCAACUACGAAUAUUAAGAGUUCAAGAAGCGAUUAUAAAAAUAUUAAAAAUGCGAAAACAAAUAUCAAAUUGGAAUCUCCAAACAGAAUUAGUUGAUAUAUUAAAAAAUAUGUUUUUACCAAGUAAAAAAAUGAUCAAAGAACAAGUUGAAUGGUUAAUUGAACAUAAAUAUAUGAAACGAGAUGAAGAUGAUAUUAAUAUGUUUGUUUACAUUGCAUAAUUGCCAACCUAAUAGUACCACGAUAUCUGUGAUACUACAUUAAGCUUUUGUGUAACAUUUACAUACUAGUUAAUGUUUGUUUUCAUAGUUUAUUUAUUUAUUUAUUUUUCUUUUACCAAAGAUGUUGGAUGUAAAUAUUUAUGUAUAAUUGUAUGUACAAGAUGUGUGAGAGUAUCAUUUUGUGUAAUGUAAAUACUAAAUAAUUGAUUCUAAUAUAUUUAAAAUGAUCAAGUUAUUUAAUUAUUA